AUGCGCACUUCCCGCAUCGUCAUCUCGGACCAAGGAUCGGUCACCAAGCUCAACCAGGCCUUUCAGCUGCUCAAAGAGGUUGAAGGAGACAGCCAGGCGCACAAAUACUUCAAGUUCACCCACCUGUACCUCAAUCACGCAUACAACGUCGCUUUCGCCAACAUGCAGAGCAACCGGAUCUCGUACACUCGCAAGGCUGAGGAGAGCUCGGCCUCGGCCCAAAACAAGUGCAACGCCAGGAUGUGGUGCAGGAGGUGGGAGGGUGCUCAGAAGAGCCUCGGCGACCUCCUCGCCGUCAUCUCCGGCGUGAACAGCCUAUACAUCCGUGUCUCGCCUGCGAACUACCUUCGCUCGAACGACGAGGCCGUGCGUUGGGAGCAUGUGGAGCCCGUCGUCCGUAUCCUCGUUGAAAAUGCCAAGCCCACCAACCUUGUCUCCGUCGACGUCAUUGGUUCGGCCCCCACCCACUGGGACGUUCCCACGCAGACGUGCUGGUUCCGCCCCCCCACGGGCCGCCAAGCAAGGUACGCCGCUCUGCCCCUCCCAAUGGGAGAAUGGACCUUUGCCAACGAGCCCGACACCGUCACCUCUUCCAAGUUCCGGUUCUUUGGCAUCGUCCGUGUCUACCACCCCUCGGACACUCUGUUCUUCGAAGAUGGCACGUACGCCGAGAGUUACUCCUUCACUACCCACGACCCCACUGGUCUUCAGACCAAGGUGUUCAACAUUGCCACCGGCUCGUUCUCGCAGUCAAGCCAAUACUGGAUCGAGUGA